UAUAUGAGGAUAUGAAAGGAGUGAAUACCUGAGGAACUACAAGAAGUGAUGGAGGUCGAUCGAUAAAGAAGAGGGGUUGAGCGGCUCCCGGUAAAGCAGUGGAUGAAUCGCGGUCGCGGAUUGACCGGAAACUUCAAUCGCCAGAGAGUCGAUGAAUGAAGAGUUGAAGAAGGCUGGGGUGCUGGACGAGUGGAUGAGUGGAAGACGGCUGGGGAACUCUUCUUUUCUUGUGGAUUCUCCUAAGGCAGUGAGUGUUUUAGAUGUUUCCUCCUCCUCAAGGCAAGGUAAGGCUGGACCUCUACCUUUGUUGGCAGGGGGUUCUAACAGUCUAGUGGACAAGGAAGAGAUUGGUAUCUCUCUGCAGCAUGAAGAUUCUCCAAGUGUAGAGCCAGCUAGAAACUUGCCACUCAGCCACGAAGAGCAACUGCUAAUUGAUGGGCUGUUUAGCCAAACUCCGAAGAUGGAAGCUUCAAAUUGGGAGGACUCUAUACAACCGGAACUAGAUCUCAUGCUUAUAGAUGACAAAGUGGAAGAACAUGCAGGAGGGGAUUUUCAAAAACAGUAUGAGAUGCUUAAGCCCAUUUUCGAACAACAUAUUAGCGAUGACUUCGAGAACUCCCUUUGGAUGAUCAAGGAAGCAUUACGUUCGCCCUUCAUCAAGGAAAAGAUCCAAAAGGGGCUUGUUUCAACUCUUCAGGGUAAGGCUUUAAAAGCGACAAGGGAGGCCAUGAUGAGUGCGCAAUGCAUAAGUGCUAUUAAGCUGAAAGGUACGCGACAUCCAGUUCUCCUAGCCUGCGCCAACAUUGAUGUACCGAUCAUAACGCCAUUGUGUGAACAUCUCAUCGACUACGAAUAAAAGGGAUGUAUACUUGGCCUUCUUAACCUAUUGUUU